AUGUCGACCCUCGCAGAUGAGUUAUUGCAAGAUUUCGAGGAUUCAGGUUCCGAGAAUGGAGAUGACCAAAAUGACGUUGGACUUGACAUCGAAGGCCCGGUCGUUGGCCCUCCGACGAGCCACGAGGACAACGACAUGAUGCUUGAUGGAGAUGAAGAAGCGGAACCUGACGAGGAUGAAGAAAUGGGUGGCAUGAGUGGUGGAGUCACCGAACCUCUGGAAGACGAAGAUGCGACAAAAGCUAAGGUAGAGAAGAUGCAGUUGGGCGGAGUGAAGGACAUUCGCAAAGUCACCACUGUUAUGGAUAGAUUAGAUCCUCUCCUAAAGGAUAUCGCACACUACCAAUCGAAACCUCUUGCGCCGCACACGACCAAUAUAGGUAACAUUGAGGACAACCCCGAGUACAAGAUCCUCACUGAAUCCAACACUCUCUCCACCCAGAUCGACGGCGAGAUCAUGAAAGUCCACAAGUUCAUCAGGGACCAUUACUCUGCUCGAUUCCCCGAACUUGAAACUCUCGUUCAGAACGCCAUCGAAUACGCCAAGGUUGUAGCCAUUCUUGGAAAUGGACCUAUGGACUCGGACAGCAUAAGAGCUCUUCAAGGCUCAGCUGAUAAUCCUCUGGGCGAAUCCCUCAAAUCAGUUUUAGAUGGGCCAUCGCUGAUGAUUGUCACUGUCGAGGCCACAACGACCAAAGGUCACGAAAUAAGCCAGGAGGAGCUUGAGCGCAUUCUUAAAGCCUGUCAUAUGAUGAUCAAGAUGGACAGCGCUAAAAAGACGCUUACGGACUACGUACAGUCUCGAAUGAACAUAUUUGCGCCUAACUUAACGACUUUAGUUGGGUCUUUAACCGCUGCGCAGCUAAUCAACAACGCCGGAGGCUUAACGAAUCUGUCUCGAACGCCCGCGUGCAACCUGGCUGCUUGGGGAUCCAAGAGAUCAGGGAAUACGGCAUUUGCUACUAACGUAGGCGUUAAACAGCAAGGCUUCCUGUAUCACUCGCCGAUCAUUCGCGGUAUUCCGAACGAUCUGAAAAAGAAAGCCAUGAAGGCGGUAGCAGCAAAACUUGUCUUAGCCGCACGAGCAGACACCGGCCACACAAAUCCCGACGGGUCGUAUGGCGAAGAGUUAAGAAGCCAGUGUCUAGAGAGAUUAGAUAAGUUAACGGAACCACCUCCGAAUAAAGGUCAGCGAGCUCUGCCGGCUCCCGAUGAUAAGCCGUCGAGGAAGCGAGGUGGUCGGCGGGCGCGCAAGGCGAAGGAAGCAACGGCGAUGACUGAGCUGCGUAAAGCACAGAACCGCAUGGUGUUCGGCAAAGAAGAGAAAGAAACCGACUACGGUAUAGGAGAUUCUACUGCGGGCAUGGGAAUGAUUGGUCAGACGAACGAUGGAAGAAUCCGGGGAAUGCAGAUUGAUAAUCGGACCCGAGCAAAGCUGAGUCAAAAGCACAAGGGUUGGGGAGGGGCUACACCUAUCGGCGGUUCAGCUUCAUCGUUACGUGGCUUCGGCCAAUCAGGCAACAUCGACCUUCGUGGUAAGGGUCUACGAACUUCAGGGGUAGGGUCCACCAUCGGCGGAGGUGCGGGGACAGCCUCUUCUCUAGCAUUCACGCCGGUUCAGGGACUAGAGCUUGUGGACCCCAAGGUUCGGGCUGAGCUUAAUCGCAAGAGAAAGGCGGAAGAGGAUCGCUGGUUCAAGGGCGGCACAUUCACCCAGGUUGCCGGAGGCGGAACGGCCAGCAGUGCCAAUGGCGGCUUUAAGGUCCCUGGACAAUCGCCCAACAAGAAAGUUGAUACCGGUGCUGGCAAGAUGGGACCGCCAUCGGUUCCCGCUAAGAAAUAA